AUGAAACAUUGGAGUCUAAGCAAGAACCCUGGAGUAAUUGUUAUCCUCGAUGGUUUAUUCACAGUUCAUGUCAAUCAGAUUGGAGUGAAACCUGGCAUUGGAGCAGCAAAGCUUAUUGCUUCUUUUUAUUAUGGAAUAGUUGACACCAUGGGUCACGUUCUCUUUGCAAAUCCUGGAUGUUAUUGGGGCUUGGGAUUUCGUUUCAACCUUGCAGGCCCUUGCUUUGCUGUAAAAACAGUCAAAGUCAGUAAUGUUUCCUUAGAAGCAUCCGAGCGAGACGUCAAAGAAUUCUUUUCUUUUUCUGGUGAUAUUGAAUAUGUUGAAAUGAAAAGUGAUAAUGAGCUAUCUCAAAUUGCUUAUGUUACCUUUAAAGAUUCUCAAGGAGCAGAGACUGCUGUUCUUCUUUCGGGAGCAACAAUAGUUGACCGUUCUGUCACUGUGACUUUAGAUUCAGAUUACCAGCUACCACCUGCUGCUUUAGCAAACUCUGCAACAGAAAAUAAAUCUCCAGGUGAUGAAUCAGCUUUUAGGAAGGCAGAAGAUGUGGUUAGUGGCAUGCUUGCUAAGGGCUUUAUCUUGGGCAAAGAUGCAAUCAACAAAGCAAAGAGUCUUGAUGAGAAGCACCAGUUGACCUCGACAGCCUCAGCUAAAGUUGUUUCUUUUGACAAAAAGAUAGGUCUCACUGAGAAGCUUAGUGCUGGCACCACUGUUGUUGGUGACAAGGUCCGGGAAGUGGAUCAGAAAUUUCAGGUUUCUGAGAAAACCAAAUCAGCAUUUGCAGCCGCUGAGCAGAAAGUCAGUAGUGCAGGAUCUGCUAUAAUGAGUAAUAGGUAUAUUUUUACUGGGGCUGCUUGGGUGACAGAUGCAUUCAGUAAGGUUGCAAAGGCAGCUGGGGAUGUUGGCCAGAAGGCAAAAGAAAAGGUAGGAAUGUCUGAAGAAGAACAAAAGAGGAAAAUGGUGGAUGACUUUGCUCAGGUCCACCUAUCUGAGUCUCCAAAAGCAUCUGGUGCAAGUGAGGAGCAGCCUUCCAAGCCUCCACCUGCUCAGGGUUUGAUCCUUUGA